AUGGCGGUCCUCUCAGAGGAGAUGAACUCGAGGGGCGCUGCCCACCAGCGGCAGCUGCAGGCGCUUCUCGAGGAAACUACCCGGCUCCAAGAACAGAUUCAGGCACCGGCGAGCGCUUCGCCAGGCCUACAAGGCACUCCUCAAAGGAGCCAUCGCUUGUCUGGGACCCCUGAGGCGAGUGGCUCAAGGAAGCGGGCUCCGAAGACGCCGUCCCGUCGGGACCUGGUCCUCACCGACAGCUGGGAGUCCAGAGAAGCAACACGAAAAAUGAUGUACUCCGACUUAUAUCCGGAGGACUUUGCUGUGAACAUGCAGAGGCGCACAACUCCCAAGAAGCCGCAAGCGGACUGCCAGAGAGAGCAAACGGUCUCCACUUUCCGGCGGUCGCUGGCGGAGUCAGAUGAAAGCGAGUUGAGUCCACACCAACACAUGCAAUGCAGCCGCGAGUGGUGGCAUCAGCAGCGUCAGAUGCUCAUACAGGACAUCGAACGACAGAUCUCAGAGAACGACUUCUUGUACCUGGGCCAGCAGCAUUUCAAUUCAGUGUUCACGGUUUACGGUUCGAGUGUUUGGGGUUUAGACUUAAGAGGAGGGUUAAGGCGGGCAUUGCUUGCAAUGCUGACUUUGGUCGAAUCUGGUUGA